AUGGUUCCAACCAACAGCAACACGACAAGGUGCCAUGACAACCGCUUUUACCGCAACCUAAUACUUGCGUUGGUUACCAUCUUUGUUUUAUUGAUGGCUGUUAUCAGCAUAGCAUGGCUUUUCAUGCACCCACAUGACCCUGGUUUUGAGGUGACGUCCCUUUCUGUGACCCACUUCAACGUCUCAGAAUCCCACGUACAAGGAAGGUACAAGAUCGGACUAACCAUAACAAACCCAAACAAGAUCAAAACCCAAGUGGUGCUUCACCGUCUCAUCUGCUUGAAGCUUUACGGUCAGAAGUGGCGCUCGGUGGCUGCAGUGCAACAACGCGUGUCAUUGGAGAAGUUGACCAACAAGAGUGUGAAGGUUGACUUUGAAUUGAGGAAGGAACCCUUAAAGGUGGCACCUCAGGUUCUGGUUAAGGACUUGAACAAAGGGGUGGUGCACUUAAACGUGGUGUUGAGCGCUAAGGUUAGAUUCCAAGCUGGAAUAUGGCCAAGCAUGGAUAAGAUAUUGGAUGUUAAGUGUGGGGAUCUGGAUGUGGAGUUCCACUCUCAAACAAAAGACACUGGCAGGCUUUUGAGUAUUGGGAAGAACUGCGACACACAGAAUACUGGAGGGACAUGA